CCACCUCAUCGCUCACCACCACGCUCGUUACUGCCAAGCGCCCGAGUAUUCACCCUCAUCUCGAACGAAAGAUACCAUCGCCCUGACAUCUUCCCACCCCGCACUCGCUCCGCCAUGCAAUUCCGGCUACUCGCCCUCCUGGCGGUGCUUGCCCCCUUCACCCUCGCCGACAUCCAGUUCACAAGUCCGAAAGCUGGUGAUUCCAUGCCAGGCGGAGGAUCCAUAACGGUGGAAUGGAAGGAUUCUGGCGAAUCGCCGGCGAUAGCGGAUCUCAAGAGCUACCAGCUCUUCCUUUGCGCAGGUGGAAACGACGAUGCCACGAUUUUGCAACUCACUGCUAUCACAACCUCGGGGACAUUUACGGCCGGAAACAAGGCGAUUGGAACGGUCGGAAUCGGCGUUGGGGCGAGCACCAUCAAGAACGCCUACUUCUUCAAAAUGAUCUCUGUCGCCACCGAAGGAGGACAAGUGAUUAACUACUCCGACCGCUUUUCCCUCACUGGAAUGACAGGCACCUUCCCACCCGCCUACGCCGCCGCUGCCCAAGCUGUGACUGGAACCGAUGGUCCACCCACCGUCAACCAAGUCGCUGAUGCUGCCAAUCCCGCCCAGCCAGCCGAUCCUGCCGCAUACAAUGUCCCUUAUACCCUGCAGACUGGCUUGACCAAGUUUGCGCCUAUGCAGCCGGUUCCUCCCACGAGCAUCACGAAGAAGAGCGCCACGCCGCAAUACCCCACGAGCGCUGUGACGUUUGCGAAAACAUUCUUGCCUACCCCGAAGCAGGUCACGACGCAAACGUUGAGCCAGACGUUCAGCGUGAAGAGCAUGGAGAACUCGGCACCCGCUGCGCCCAUGCCCUCAGAUGACAUGGCCAAGUUCCUCCGCCGAUGGAAGGACUAAGUGUCUUUCCAUACUUCAUUCCGCAUUCGUUCCAUGGCUUGCUCUCACGUUCGCAAACUUUUAUCUGCAAUCAAUCACUGGGGAUUAUCUCAUCAUCUAUAUACCUUCUUGGGGUUUGGAAGUGAUCACGGGCUCCACUCGCAUAUCGGCGCAGGCGUCUAUGACGGCUUUCUGGGUGGCAUCAUGGUGAUAGGUCAGGUUGUUAGAAUCCCUGCAUGCGAGGGAUGGCGCAUUCUAGGGUAUGUCUAAUUGAUGUAGAGGAGCAUUGAAUGGGAUUGGAAUAAUGUCAUUUUCUUUCUUUGAUGAGUGCGAGUUUGCGUUGGUGUACUGUCAGGAUGUAGGAUCUCGAUAGCUAACGCUGCCUCUGGCUC